AUGAUUUCACCUAGACAUAUUAGAAAAGUAGAUUUCAAUGAAAGGUACUAUAUAUGUAGAUUUACAGAAGGAUAUCUGACUAAUUUCAGUAUAACUGUGAAGUAUAAUCAAUAUAUCUCCAGAAACUUAUUAUCAAAUGCCUUACGUGCAUUUAUAUUGAAGAAUAAUUGGUUAUUGCAUAAUUUUUUCAAAACAAGUGAUGAAGAAAGCAGUAAGACAAAUGGUAAUGAUUGGAUACUUAAAAUCAUUAACACUGUUCAAUUUGAUGAUGUGGUAAAAUAUACCAAAAUUGAUAAGUUUAAUGAAAAGGUUAUGGAAAGAGUAAAUUCUUAUACGUUGACUAUGAAUGAAAAUUUACCAUUAUGGAGAAUUAUCAUAUUUGAAGAGAGUAAUGGAGACCAAGUAGUCUGUGUCUAUGUAGACCAUUCUCAUUUUGAUGGUUUAUCUGGUGUACAAUUUCAAAAAGAUUUGGCCAAAGAGUUCAGUCUUGCAAGUGAUGAUAAAUUUAUUAGUGAGUUGUUUAAUUAUGGAAAAGAUGGUUAUUCAUUACCAGAUAUUGAACCUGCUGCUGAAAGUAUCACUGAUUUAUACUAUCCAUCAUAUUUACAAAUUGUAAAUAGUUAUUUAAGCUCAAUCCCGAUACAUUCUAAAUUAUCCAGCUUGUUUAAUCCAUCAGUUGAUCCACCGGUAUUCCAGACUACUAAACCAGUAAAUCAUGUUCUUUCUACAAAAUUUAAGUUUUUGAAGUAUACUCCAGAGCAAGUUGAAGAAAUUACAAAAUUUUGUCGAUCAAAUGGAAUUACAUUGACUUCAUAUUUCGAUGUUUUAUUCAUCCAAGCUUUAGAAGAGACUGUAUUUAAAGAGAUUGGAAAUGGUCCUUAUUCUACUGCUUCACUAGUCGCUAUUAACGGUAGAAGAUAUUAUUCUGAGGAUAUUAGAAAUUUUAGAUAUGGUUCUAUGGUAUGUGGAGAUAAUAUUAUAUUAAAACCAAUUAUAAACACUUUGGAAAGCAUGAAAUUGUUCCAUAAGACCCUAAUUCAAAAUAUUAAAUCCAGGUACUCUUUUAAAUUAAUUGGAUUGCUUCAAUACAUCAAUUUAUGGGAUUGGUUUAAAGCUAAAAUUGGUAAAGUUGAUAGAUUUACCUUGA